AUGAAGUGGGCCUUUGUUGUGUUUGCCAUGGUGACACUGUCUGAUUGCCUUGUUCAGAUCCCUCUGCAAAAGGGUAAGAGUGCCAGGGAGGUCUUGGAGGAACAGGGUCUAUGGGAGGAGUAUAGGCAAAAAUACCCAUACAAUCCCAUGGCCAAGUUUGAUGGGAUCUUUGCUGUGGGCCCUGAAUCCAUGACCAACGAUGCUGGUUUGUCUUACUAUGGAGUCAUCUCAAUUGGAAAUCCUCCUCAGUCCUUUCAAGUCAUCUUUGACACUGGCUCAUCUAACCUGUGGGUUCCCUCCAUCUACUGCAACAGUGCACCCUGCAAAUGGUAUGAAAAAGAACCAAGAAAUUACCUUCAAAUAGUACAGUACUUGAACAAAUGUACUUACUUUCCACCACUGGUUUUCAAAUUCUGUACUGGCUUCAUCUUUGGUUGGCAGGUUGGUGGUCUGGCUGUGACAAACCAGAUCUUUGGUUUGAGCCAAACUGAGGCCCCCUUCAUGCAGUACAUGCAGGCUGAUGGUAUCCUUGGUCUGGCCUACCCAAGUCUGUCUGCCUCUGGUGCGACACCUGUGUUUGACAACAUGAUGAAUGCGGGCUUGAUCGACCAGAACCUCUUCUCCGUGUAUCUGAGCUCUAACACCCAACAAGGCAGUGUGGUGACCUUUGGUGGUGUUGAUAUCAAUCACUACUCUGGUUCCAUCACCUGGAUUCCUCUCUCCAGUGAACUGUACUGGCAGAUCACAGUUGACAGUGUUACUGUUAAUGGUCAGGUUGUGGCUUGUAAUGGUGGCUGUCAGGCUAUUGUGGACACUGGAACCUCUAUGAUUGUUGGACCUCAAAGCGACAUUGAUAAUAUCAAUGCCUGGCUGGGAGCAAUUAGCCAGAAUGGAGAGUACUUGGUCAACUGCAACUACAUUGGCCAAAUGCCUGAUGUGACCUUCAACAUCAAUGGACAGCAGUUCACUCUCCCAGCCUCUGCCUACAUCAGUCAGUCCCAGAACUAUGGCUGCCUCACUGGCUUCAGUGGUCAAGGUAGCAACCUGUGGAUCCUGGGCGAUGUCUUCCUCAGACAGUACUAUUCCAUCUUCGACAGAGGCCAGAAUAUGGUGGGUCUGGCCAAGGCUAGAUGA